GAGAAAAUGACCUGAAAUCGAAAAGGAGAAAUUGAGGGCUGUCAAGUGUGACAGGAUUCUUCAGAAGACCCACUGAGGAGGCUGGUGGGACAGGGUGGAGACCAUGGUCUCCUUACAAGAGGACAGCCAGGAGGAAGAUGUCUGCCCCAUCUGCCAAGAACAUCCAAAGGAGGCUGUGCGCACGGAUUGCAAACACCUCUUCUGUCAAGUGUGCCUGGCCCAGCACAUAGACAAGGCCUUGGCCUCUGAGGCUCUCUGCUGUCCCCUCUGCCGGAAGCCCUAUUCUGAGGGAGUACUGGGGGACCCUUACAUCUGCCACAAGCACCAGAAGAGGUUUCAGAGGUUCUGUGAGAAGAGCAAAUGUCUCCUGUGCGUGGAAUGCCUGGAGUCCCCUGAACACCAGUCUCAUUCUGAGCCGACCAUUGAAAAUGCGAUCAGUCACUACAAGGAACGACUCAACCGCAGAUGCAGGAGGCUCAGAAAGGACAUUGGAGAACUCCAGCGGCUCAAGGCUCAGGAGGAGGAGAAGCUGCAGGCUCUGCAGGUAAACUGUGGAAACCACAAAUUGGAGGCUGAGCUGGUGAGUCAGCAUCAAGACAAGGGACACCUGGAUGUUCUCCCUCAGCAGCAUCUGGACCAGCUGGAGGACACAUCAGCAGAGGAGGCUAGAAUCCUUGACCUCUCCAAGGCAAUAACACAGAUCAGCCUCCUGGUCGCUGAUCUGGAGAGUACAGCCAAGGAGCUGGACGCCAACACACUGGUGAAUGCCAGUGACUUGCUGGAAAGGCAUGAGCCAUCCUCUCUCUCUCCCCACAUGGGCAGACCCAUGACAUAGAAGUGCACAUGGACUUCAUCAAGUUCAAGGAGACUCACUGCUCUG